AUGACAACCUUGGAACGGCAUUUACUAGAAUGCAUGUUUGAGCAAUCGUUAUUUUCUGAUCUCUCAUUAGAAUUCCUUCAUCCUUCAUUUCCAUUUUCAAUUCGUUUCAAUGUUCAUAAAGCAAUUGUCAGCCAGUCACCCUUUUUACGACACUUACUCACAGAAGACAAUACCUGUUCUAAUCAUGUUGAAGACAAUGGCAAGACAUACUUGACUGUUCACCUCGCCGAGGCAUUCUCACAAUGUGGCUUUGUUCUUGUCCCUUUUCAACACAUCAUUCGUCGACACUGGCAAGCAGCAGACAAACAACAAAGCAAGCUACCACUACUUUCAACCCACCUUCGAUUCGUACUAGAAUGGCUCUACUCUACUCAGAAAACGAGACUAUUAGAAAAGAUGCAAGAUCAGGAUACACUUCGCAUUCUCUCUGUCGCCGUCUUGUUUAAUCUCGUCGAUCUCACUCAGGCUUGCAUUCAACGAUACACUCAACAUCAGCUUUCUUUGGACAGUAUCAUGCGCGAUUUGGAAACGAUUUGUCAAUUACCAAGAGGCCAUAAAGCUUAUCUGCAAUUACGCGACGCUGCUUUAUUACUUCUCUUCAGGUACGGACCACAACACCCACGUCGACUGUCAGAGUUACCUUCAGAUUAUAUGGCUGAUGUGCUGAGUGCAGAUUUGUUGUUUGUCAGGAGCGAAUAUGAACGGUACUGCCUGCUGAAAUCAGUGUUGACGGCGUUCAUGCAGUCCAUAGGCAAAAUCACGUGGACGCCCAAAGGACCUGUGGAUCAAGAUUCAAAACGACUUUCUGGAUUUGUUAAGCCACUGACGGCUGCAUCUGUGAGAGAGGUGAAGAGAAGAAGAAUCGGGUCGGAUGAAUUGGAGGGAAAAGUGAAAAAGAUAAAGACGAAUCGACUUAGUUUUACAGCACUCGUACCAUUUGAAAAGCUGACUGCGGAUGUCGCAUCAGGUGGUGUGAUUGAUAAAGCUACAGUCCUGUCGUACCUUCUGAAGACAACCAUUCACUAUAGCAACAUGACAUUUGAACAAUUGACGGCUGUUCGACAGGAUGGUAUUGUGGAUGAAGCUAUUGUCUUUCGUGCUCUUUGGCAACGUGAAGCACUUGAACGCGUCUUGUUCCCUUACACCACUGCCGAACUGACUGCUGCUCUAGACGAUUAUUUUGACUUGCAUCCUUCUGAUACGCAGCGUAAGAAAUUGCUCUUGGGUACACCUAGGUUCAGAUUCUGUACGUCCAUCAUAAUUUUACCACCCUCAGAACAAAAUGGCUGGGUUACUGACGAUGUGUUUGAGGAUGAAGGAGGAGAAGAGGAAACAAAGAUGUGGAGAUCGGAUGAUGAGGAUAUAAAAGUAUUGAAAAAGACAUUUUAUUCAGCAACAGAGACAAUAUUGGGUGUAUCAUACAGAGUGCAGAUAGAAGCACAAACGGCAUCACAGAAAAAUUGUAUCGCUUGUCGAUUUGAGUUGCAAAGAGACGUAAAAAAAUCCAAAAGCAAUGAGUCACAGGAGGAGAAAACGUUGAUAGAGGUGCAAUCAGAUCAUUGGAAAUCAAAAAUUCAUUAUUGGAUACACUGUCUCAACCGGCAUGAAGGCAUCACGGAUACAUGUGAGGUUGAUCCAGAGGAUAGGGUAUUACUGGCAGCGACUGAGCAACGAGAAGGGGAACCCAAUGUGGGCUAUAUUGGACAGGUGCUGCUUGAAUUUGACAAGAAAGAAGGGGUCACGGUAGAUAUGACAGUGGCACUCGAGCUCUUUGGCUUUCCACAAGUUUAA